GGAGGGGUUACAAGGUGCCCUGCUGCCGCAGAGCGGAGUGGUCGAGCAGGCACAUAGAAUUGAGUCAUGUCCUGCAAGUAGAUGGGGGCUGUCCUGUUGGCGGCAGUGUAGGCAAGGGUCAGGGUGACGUGGGAGAAUUUGGGGAGGUUGUAGAUGAGUCUGGCAGCGGCAUUCUGAAUCAUCUGUAGUGGCUGUAUGGCACAAGCUGGCAGGUUUGCAAGGAGAGAGUUGCAGUAAUCAAGGCGAGAGGUCACCGUAGCCUGGACGAGCAGCUGGGUGGAGUGCGUCGUCAGGUAUGGUCGAAUCCUCCUGAUGUUGUACAGGAGGAAUCUGCAGGACCAUGAUGUUGCCUUGAUGUGCUCCUUGAGGUCCAGUUGGUCAUCCAGGACCACCCCCAAGCUCUUGGCAGAGUGAGAGGCAGUCACUGUGGUGCCAUCAACCGUGAUUGAGAGUUCACGAAGCAAGGAGGUCUUGCACGGGAAGAAGAGCAGCUCAGUUUUGUUGAGGUUGAGCUUCAGAUGGUGGCUGGCCAUCCAGGUGGAGAUGUCAGCCAGGCAGGAAGAGAUCUUAUCAUUGACCUAUGUGGCCGAGGGGUGGAAAGAAGAGAAGAGUUGUGUGUCAUCUGCAUAACAAUGAUAGGAAAAGCCAUGUGAAUUAAUGACUGAACCAAGAGAUCUGGUGUAUAAGGAGAACAGCAGAGGACCCAGUACAGAUCCCUGCGGCACUCCCGUAACAAGUGGAUGAGAAGCAGAGGCAGACCCCUUCCAGGUGACCUGGUAGGUCCUAUCUGCAAGAUAGGAAGCGAACCAAGACAGGGCAGUCCCGGCAAUUCCCACCCCAGCCAAGGUGGAGAGGAGUAUUUUAUGGUUGACCGUGUCAAAAGCUGCAGACAGGUCAAGAAGGAAUAGCUAUACUACUGCAAGUGCUGAGUUACAACGAAAACCAGCAGAUCCUGAGGCUCUUCAGGACCAGGAGGGUAUUUCACAAAGCAGGAAUAACUGCGCUGAGUAAAAUCUGGAACAGAAGUUUUCUUUUUACUUCAGGUCAUAUUUUACUUCUAGAUAUGGGAGGGUUCCAGAUAGAUCUGUAAUCCUGUGCCCCAGAGUGAGGACCACAUGGUUUUCAUGGCAUUUAAACUUUCGUCCAAGUUCACUUUCCUAUGGAGGAUGAAAAAAUGUAAAAUAAAUGACUCAUUAAAUGAAUGAAUAAACAUAAAUGCAAGAAAAAUGUUUAAAAAAUGAAUGUACACAUAAAUAAAAUAAUAGAUAAAAACUGGCAUAAAUGGUUAUUUCUUCAUUUUUCAUUUCCGUAUAUCUUGAUUCAUUUCUGUAUAUAUUUCCCUAUUUAUUUUUUGAUUCAUUAUUUCUGCACAGUGCUGUGCAAAAGUCUUAGCCACCCUAGAUUUUUUAAUAUAUAGUAUAUAUUUGGUUUUAGAUGUUUAUUUUUUGUUUUCUGCAUUAGUGUGUCAGUAGAAAAGAGCAAAUUUGAGAUUUCCAAACAUGAAUUUUCCAAAAAAUUACAUUUUACAGAUACAUUUUUGUAUUUUGUUAAAGUAAUAUUUGAAGUAAUAUACUACUUGUCAGAUAAAAACUUGAUCAAGGGUCUCUGGGAUCACCUGGAGAGCCAGAAGCAAGCGAAACAGCCAAAAUCUGCAGAAGAACUGUGGCAAGUUCUCCAAAAUGCUUGGAACAACCUACCAGCCGAUUUUCUUAUAAAACUGCUGGACAGUGUACCUAAUAGAAUUGAUGUAGUUUUAAAGGCGAAGGGUGGUCACACCAAACAUUGAUUUUAUUUAGUUUUUAACUAUUUACUGCUCUUUAUAUUAUUUUCUCGAUAUUUAUAACCUUUCAUUUCAUUAUUUUUGAAAGCAUCUUAGCUAUACAGCAUUUUUCUUUACAGGUGCCCACGACUUUUGCACAGUACUGUACUUCUGUAUUUCUCCAUCUAUGUGUUAAUGAGGGGGCUGUUAAUCAAAGAAUGUCAUGGUGUCACCUUAUUCCCAUUGGUUGAUAUCAGAGUGCGUAGAUCGAAAGUGCCUUGCUUCAACACCGGUUGCUUUUACUAGGUUUAUCUUGGUAGGACAGAAUGCAACAUGGAUUUUUUUAGGUGGUUUCAUCGGAGCUUGAGCUUUGUAAUUUUGGGUAAAACACCCUCUCUUUGUCUUCAAUGAAGUGCAGACACACCCCUGGCAGGUUAAAUAUAACACCAGUCACACCCCGUUCGUCACCAGUCAUAGGUAGCGACUUUCAUGAUCUGUACAGUAUGUCUCAAUGUCAUUUUCAGUGUAAAAUAUAGUUAUGAAGCUUUUAAACAUAAAAUGACAAAGUAAGAACUUUGUGUCGUUUGAAGGCCAGCCAGCUUGUCACCUGUCACAUGACAUCAGUUGCUUUCGCAGCUAUAAGCUAAUGUAUUAGGUAUUUGGUUUCAUCUUAUUUCACUCUAAAAAACUUGUUUUAAUAUCAGUCAGAUUAAAAAUAUAAUUUCAAAUGCGAGUCCUGAUUAUUUACUCUUUUGUGUGAAAAUUUGUUCUAGUUAGCUGCAUCACAGAGGUUGACCUGGUAGUGUUCCACAAUUUGGAGGAAGCGGCUCAUUGCCCGAAUGUUUCGCUCCAAAAUUCAGAUUAUGCCAGAUCAGUUGGAUGCCCUUUCUCACACACUACCCGUGGAAGCUAUGUAGACUUAUUUAUUCUCUGACUGCACAACACUGCGACUAUGGGGUUGGUGAGAGAAGACUUCACCUUGAAAUGGCAGAGCAUGGCAUAAAGUCUGAGUCUGAAAUAUUGGGGCAACAGACCGUUAAUCAGAUAUAUCUGAACUGCGCACUAUCACUCUGCGCUUGCCUGCAUCAACCUCUCCCACUCUGGGCUUCAUUGCUAAGCCUGAAUGUAAAAGCAGCUGCUCAUCAUAUGGCCAAAGAAACACAAAAAUAAAUAUAUACAAAAAUAAAUGAAUCAAGAAAAAAAAAGAAUCAAGAAAUAUAUAAACAAUAUAUGCAGAAAUGAAUGAAUUUAGAAAUAAAUUCACAAAUACCCAUUUAUGUCAGAUUUAAUCUAUUUUUGUGUACAUUUUUCCUGGUUUUUGCAUUUAUUUUUUUUAAUCAAGUCCUUUUUUAAUGUAAUUUUGGCAUUUUUGUUCCUCCAUGCUUUUCUUCCCCGUAUUAGAUCAACUAAUUGUUUGUAAAUGUCUCAAUUAGAAACUAAUUUGUAUUAAUGGUCACUUCACUGGCGUUGGACUUCCUAUGGGGACCCUUCGAUAAUAACUAUUGAAGUAGAAGUUUAAAUCCCUGCCGGCCACAUCGUGGAGGCAAACCGGUGGCAUUAAUUAUAGGGGCUGCGGUGUGCUACGACUUUGGUUAUUCUAGGCCGAGUGCAGGAUCUGACAACCCUUGUACGGAGAGCAAUAGUGCGCAGGUUUAAUUCUUUGUCGGUGAUAAACUGAUUGCUCAGAGUAGUUAAUUAUUACAGUGUGAGAAUUGCCACGUGGUUUUUUUACACGUCAUUAGUUUCUGAACAACCAGGGACGAACGAGAAGAUGUAAAAAAUAUGUGACUAUAGCUAAACACAAGCACCGUUAGGAAAGGUUAAGCGCUACCUGUCUAAAAGCCAUGCGUCCCCUUUAAGUGCUCAGUAGGUCGGUGAACACAGGUAUUUUACUAAUAAGGGCGUGGCGGUACCUCCCUCGGGUACGAUAAGGUUGCGGGAGAGCACUACUGGGCAUGCGUGGAUGGCAUUUUACUGCGAUUACACUGUGAAAGAAUCGGAGAGGGGGAAUUACUUAACAGAACUGCAAUACCUCUGAAAUGAUAGUCUCAGUAGAAGUACUGAUUUCAAACGUAGUUGCCAUAUUGAAUGGAUUUUAGCUUGUGGAGCAGACGUUUUAAACAUAAAUUCACUAGUGAAUCGAUCGUUUAAUCAUAGUAAGGUCUCGCAUGCGUUUCGCGCAAAUUUCGAAUAGAAGGCUACCACUGCGUAUUUUUGUUUUAAUUCAUUUAAAAUAAAUAAUAAUUUUCAGUUAAAAAAAAACACUUUGAAAAUGAAAGAUCGACUGGAACAACUCAAAGCGAAGACGGUCAUUCCAGUUUCACAGCAUCUAGCUUCACUGAUUCCUCCAUGACCGGCAUCAGCUACCUUCCUGUUGUUGCCGCCCUCAAUAUCACCCCCAAACACUUUAAAGACGUGUGACACAGAUGAUACAGAUGACGUGGAGCUUGCUGUGGACAAUGCAGCCUUCAUGGAUGAGUUAUUUUGCCAGAUUGAGGAGAUCAGGACCACUGUUGAUAAGAUAGAUGAGAAUGUGGUGGAAGUGAAGAAGCUCUACUCCAUCAUCCUCUCUGCCCCCACAUCAGACCAGGAAACACAAGAUCAUUUGGAAGCCUUGACCCUCGACAUCAAGAAACUGGCGAACAAUGCUCGCAACAAACUCAAAAGUAUCGAGCGAAAUUUGGAGACGACUGAGGAGAAAGUAUCAGCUGACAUGCGAAUACGUAAAUCUCAGCAUGCUGUUCUGUCCAGGAAGUUUGUGGACGUGAUGACCAAGUACAAUGAGGCACAGGUGGACUUCAGGGAGAGGAGUAAAAGCCGCAUCCAGAGACAGUUGGAAAUCACGGGUAAAGUCACCACUGAUGAGGAGCUGGAGGAGAUGCUGGAGAGCGGGAAUGCUGCAGUCUUUACUGCUGGGAUUGUAGACUCGGGCAUCUCCAAGCAGGCGCUGAAUGAGAUUGAGGCUCGGCACAAAGAUAUUGUAUGGCUGGAGAGCAGCAUUAAGGAGCUGCACGACAUGUUCAUGGACAUCGCAAUGCUAGUGGAGAACCAGGGUGACAUAGUGGAAAAUAUAGAGUCGCAGGUGUCUAAAACUGUGGACCACAUAGUGGUGGCCAAGACAGAGACCAAAAAGGCCAUCAGGUACCAGAGCAAGGCACGCAAGAAAGUGGUGAUUAUAGCGAUUGCAGUUGUGGUGCUCCUCUCACUCUUGGCCCUCAUAAUUGGGCUGUCAGUGGGACUGAAUCGGUGAGAGGAGAGGGGAGGAUUUGAGUUAAACCAUAGCAAAGGAAAAUGAGCAUAGUGGGCGUGGCAUGUGCCAUUCUUGCUGUGGUUCUUCUCACCAUCAUUCUGUCCUAGGCUGUUUGGGAAGAUGAGCAGCACCCCCCCUCCCCAACUCCUUACCUCUUAAUUCCAACGACCCUCUGUCUGGCACAAUCUGCCCAUAUCCAACAGCUGGAAAGAAGGACAGCGCCCCCUCAUACAAGCCUAUUGCAUUGCCCUGAAAUCUCCUUUUUUUCCUCAACCCAACUCUUCAUCCAGCAAUCAGAGAGCCAGCGUAAAGCCUGGAGAGGACAGACUCUGUAAACUGUGAAGAGAUGAAACACGCGCACAGACACACACACCUCUCAUGAGCACCAGGUCAUCAUUCCACACAUGGCUCAAUAAAAAAGUUUUUUAGGGUGAGGAAACUAACGACUAUCAUGGUGACUCCUGUCAUAGAAAUGGACCAAUCUAAGCAGGGAUGUGUCCCCAUUUUCGCUGAGGCAGCAGUCAGUCACAUGAGCGUGUCCCCAUUUCCAAUGAGACAGAAGCCAAUCAUAUGACUUUGCCCCCAUUUAUAGUGAGACAGCAGGCAGUCACUUGACUAUGUCCCAUUUCCACUGAGACAGCAGCCAAUCAUGACUGUGUCCCCAUUUCUGCUGAGGCAAUGGCCAAUUACACUACUGUGGCUGCUGUCUCAGUAGAAAUGGGGACAAUCAUAUGACUGAACAGAAGACUGCAGCUACUCAAUGAGGGGAAAAAGGACUCUAAUUUUAAAUUGUGAACAAUGAAAAUCCCAGGAUUCCAGGAUAGUACAGCAGGAUUCUGGGUGUGCACUACGUUUUUGAUGGCUUACAAAUUAUAUCUGUGAUUUAAUGACUGCCAAGGAAUUCAAUGAAUGAAUGAAUGAACAUACAUAUUUUAUGUUUUGUGCAUGUGGAUUGUAGAACACCUGUUAGACAUUGUUCAGACUUUCCAGUGUUCUCCAGUUCAAAUGUAUGUUUGUGUAUCAUAUGUAAUAUGUGCAAUAGAGCCGUGUAAAUAUUCAAAGAAUGAAUGUUUCCAGAUUGUACAACUUGAAAUCUAACUGUGCCUUAUAAGUGAAUAUACACACGUAUAUAUUUAUAUGAGUGCACAUACAGUAUGAAUGUGGGUGUAUUUGACUGUUUCUGUUCUAUAUAUGCUAUAGCAUCCACAUGAUUUCAGAAGACAAUUAUAAACUUUGCAAUUAUGAGAUUA